AUGGCAGCGCCAACCAAGAUUACAGGACUGACGAUAGAAGAUCUGCGUUUCCCUACCUCCUUACAGAAAGAUGGAUCUGAUGCCAUGCACAAGUCACCUGAUUAUUCCUGUCCGUACGUCAUUUUGUCAACUGACACAGAUCUACGGGGAUGUGGCACGACCUUUACUCUGGGCAAGGGCAAUGCCAUAGUGUGUAUGGCUAUUGAAAAUUACAAAAGUUUGAUUGUUGGACAAAACCUUCAAGAUAUCUUUAGUGAUUUCGCUGGAUUCUGGCGAUCAUUGGCCAGUGAGGAUCAAAUCAGAUGGCUAGGACCAGAAAAAGGUGUAACUCAUUUAGCAGUAGCGGCCAUCAUCAAUGCUGUCUGGGAUUUGUGGGCCAAAAUGGAGGGCAAGCCACUGUGGAAGUUAAUGGUAGAUAUGUCCCCAGAACAGUUAGUGUCCACCAUUGACUUCAGACACAUGGGUGAUACUCUCACAAAGGAAGAAGCUUUAGAAAUAUUGAAGAAAGGUCAAGUUGGGAAAGCUGAGAGAGAGGCUGAACUGAUUGCUAACGGCUACCCAGCAUACACCACUUCCUGUGGUUGGCUCGGUUAUUCUGAUGAAAAAAUCAAAAGGCUGGCAACUGAAGCCCUAGGUCAGGGUAUGUGUAGAUUCAAAAUGAAGGUUGGAGGAGAUGUUAAGGAUGACGCAAGGAGAGCCAAAAUGUUUCGUGAAAUAAUAGGAUAUGAACGACCUCUGAUGAUGGAUGCCAAUCAAAAAUGGGAGGUAGAUGAGGCAAUCGACUGGAUGAAACAGCUGGCAGAGUACAAACCCUUGUGGAUAGAGGAACCUACCAACCCUGACGACAUCUUAGGACAUGCUGCCAUUGCUGAGGCAUUAAACCCCCUUGGGAUUGGUGUAGCCACUGGAGAACACUGUCAAAACAGGAUCAUGUUUAAGCAAUUUCUUAAGGCCAAGGCCAUGCAGUACUGCCAGAUUGAUGCUACAAGGGUUGGCGGAGUUAAUGAAAAUCUGGCUAUCAUUUUAUUGGCUGCCAAAUUUGGAGUGCCUGUGUGUCCCCAUGCUGGAGGUGUUGCCCUUUGUGAACUUGUACAACAUUACUCUAUCUUUGACUUCAUAUGUGUUUCAAGAACUAUGGAAAACAGGAUGAUUGAAUUUGCUGACCAUCUUCAUGAACAUAUGGUUGAUCCUGUUGUCAUCAAAAACGGCAGCUACCAGGUUCCUAAGUGUCCAGGCUUUGUAGUCGGAAUAACAGACCAAGCCCGUGCAGACUAUAAAUACCCUGAUGGUAAGGAGUGGGAGAGACUUUUCAGUGAAGGAAUCUUUACUAAGCCAUAAACUGCCUUAUGACCUUAUGACAGUCUGAAUACAUUCAAUACAUUAAUCAGAUGUAUACUGCUUCUUCGACCUUUAAAAUGUUUCACAGCAGACAAAAGUGUUUAAGACAUGAGAUACUCAAGAUUUUCUUUUUUUUAGGGUGGGAGGUGGGUCAGUAUUAGUUAUCUUUUCUGGAAUGAUUAUGUAAUUAACUUUGAUAUGCACUACUCUGUCAUCAUUCCAGUAAUUGUAGAUUAUCUAACACACAGGGUUCAUCUAGGUAAAGAUCAAUAAAACAGCUGAGGAAAAUUUGAAAAAUUGAUUUGUGAUCAUUAUUGUGGAAUGUUUCUAUAAUUAAUAAAUUAUAUUCAGUGUACAUGUAAUUAAUGUUAAUUAAAACAUCCUUGUCAAGUCUCAUUACUGUAAAGAUUGGAGACAGUAUAUUCAUUGUGAAGUGGGCUGAAUGUGUAGUAUGAUUGAUCUGGAGAAGGAUUUUUUAUGUGUAUGUUUCAUUUAUUCUUUGCAUUUAAGAUGAUAAUGGAGUAAGAGGGAGUUGUAUUAGAGAAAAGGUCUGUUAUCACUACCACCUGUACUAGGGGGUACUAUAUCUGGGGUAGACUUGUUAUCACUACCACCUGUACUAGGGGGUACUUUAUCUGGGGUAGAAUUUGUCUGUAGACUUGUUAUCACUACCCCCUGGGGGUACUUUAUCUGGGGUAGACUUGUUAUCACUACCCCCUGUACUAGGGGUACUAUAUCUGGGGUAGACUUGUUAUCACUACCACCUGUACUAGGGGGUACUUUAUCUGGGGUAGACUUGUUAUCACUACCACCUGGGGGUACUUUAUCUGGGGUAGACUUGGUCUGUAGACUUGUUAUCACUACCACCUGUACUAGGGGGUACUUUAUCUGGGGUAGACUUGUUAUCACUACCACCUGUACUAGGGGUACUUUAUCUGGGGUAGACUU